AUGAAAAAUACCGACUUGAAAGGAAAUGUAGAAGCUGUGGAUAUCUGUGACCUCGAAACAGCGACUGAAAGAACUGAACUUGGGCUGAGAAAAUAUGCUGAAAAUCAUUUAAAUUCUAUAAACAGACAAGUGUUAACUAUUUCUUCUGCUGGUAACGAAGAAGCACAUUCAAAAGGCCCCCCUAAAUGGGGCCUUCAUCUUGGUGCUUCUCAGAAACAGCUCAUUGUGCCACGAGUGCCUGUUGGGCCCAUGACUGUGCAGGUGUACAGCAAAUCAGCACUACGCAUGUCUCCAGGGUCACAGCAGCAGGUGGAAAUGGAAAUGAAGAUUAUGCUUCACCCAGAGAACACUGAUAAUAAAGCUGGUUUAAAACAACAGAACAAUGAGACCAGGCUGCCACUUAUAACUAAGAAAAAAUCUGCUCCUAUGCGUAGUCAGAAGAUAGUGAAGGGUCAUGCAGGUAGCAGCCUUUGGGGUUUGCCUGCCUUUCACUACAUGGAUUCUCCCUUACCCCUGUUGGAAGAAGAUCUAAGGAAAGGUGUUCUGAGCCUAACUGAACAAAGACUUAUCCCUCCAGCAGCAAAAAUACCUCCUCUUGUAUACAAAGCAGCACCUUUCCAUGAAUUUCACAGGCAGCACAAGAAAUUAGCUGUAGGUCAGAUUGGUAGUAGGGUGGAUGCUGAGAAUGCAGACACCAUCGCCUUCCCAACCUCAAAGGAAGCAAUUUAUGGCACAUAUUCCUCUAGUAAAGGCAACACUGCACCACGUCUAUCCAGCAGCUCCAAGCUUUCAGCAGGGAAAUCAAAGCAAAUGUGGACAUAUCCAGUUCAACAGCUGGAACAGUUGGAGCCACAGAUUCCCUCUCAGACACAGCUCCCACAAACAUCUCCAUGUCAGCCCUUACAGGAUCCGUGCUUUGAUUGCGACAUGGCAGUUCACCACGGCACGAUAGACCAGACAGCUCCAGGCUUUCUGGCAUUCAAGCAACAUUAUUGUCUAUCUUGGGGGAGCAUUGCUUCUUUUUUGGAGCACACAGAAAAGCUUCUCCAGGACUAUGCUGUACCAUUGGCUACAAUAAACUGUAACAAGUUGGCAGAAGUUGCAUCAGACUUUGAGCGUAAUGAAAAACCUACCAAAAGUGACAUUCUGUCAGUGAUAAAGAAUCAAUCAACUGUGGAAAAGAUCUUAAAUCGACCUGGCCAAAGACACAAAGGCCAGGGGGGUACCGAAAUGGCCGCUACCAAGAUCCAAGCUACAUGGCGAUGCUACCAGGCCAGAAAGGCCUGCAACCAUCUCAGGCAGCAGCAGUGGGCAUCAGGUGUGAUCGGCUCUUCCUGGCGCUCGUGUAAUCACAUGGCACGUGUGAAAAAGAGCCUGAAGGAAUCACGUCAGCGACACCUGGAGAGUUUUCACAUCAGGGCCAAGCAUCUGGCAGCCAACUGGAAUCGCAUCAGGACCUCCAGGAGGACUAUUAUCCAUAUCCCAUCAUUAGGAUAUUCCCAGGGCAUCCGUGAGCAUAUUCCUGACCUUGCUCUCCUGCAGAACAUGCAGAUGGGAAGGCUGUGUGACAUACUGGAUGCCAACGUGGACGUCAUCUACAUCUGCCCCCUUCAUCUGAGUGAGGAGUUACUGCAGUAUUACAAUAAACUCCUGGGUCUGCAGGCAGCUGUUAGAUCUGGGAACCCCGAGGCCAUGGGUGACCUGCAGGACAGGUUCAGAAUUCUCACCCCUGAAGCUAUAAACAGCUUCCCUGAGCAUCACAUGUGCCUGGCCACGCUGCUGAAGUACAGUCCCAAGACAAUCAAGAGAAUAAGAACUCUUCUCCAGAGCAGAGCUGCCUACAUUGUUGGAGGGGUUCCCCACAAUGAUGAUUUAGCUGUGGCUGACAUGCUAAAUGUGCCUAUAUUAGGCUCGGUGCCAGAAGUGGCUCAUCUCUAUAGUACCAAGUCUGGAAGUAAACGCAUUUUUGCCAGUGCCUGUGUGCCAACCCCUCCUGGAGAGUCAGACAUCUACAACAAGGAGCAGAUGAUCAGUGUUCUCAGCCAGCUCAUUGUAGACAAUAUGGAAGUGCAGCGCUGGUUGUUUAAAGUGAAUGAUGAGCGUGGAGGAAAUGGCACUGCCUAUUGUGACAUUAUUUCACAUCUGAAAUGCUACCCCUGGGUGCAAAAGGAACGUCAGCGACACAGCCCUGAGACAUGGAAUGAGAAGUGGGCACACGAGCUAGCUUUGGUGAAGAUCUCCCAGGAGCUGCCGGGCCUUUUAGCACAGCACGUACAGCCAGUCAAUGAGAAACGAUUCCCUACAUGGGAAAAAUUCCUCCAAACAUUUCUUACUCAAGGUGGUGUGAUAGAAGCCUUCCCACUCUCAGAGCAUGUCACCAACCUCACGGUGGAUAUGCUGAUAGAGCCCACGGGCAAGAUAAAAAUAGUGUCAUCUGGAGACCAGCUCCACGCUGAGGGUCCUCUGCGAUCAUCUGGCACCACCAUUCCCCAACGUUCUGUUGAUCCAGCAGUUCUUAAUUCACUUUGUUUUAAAAUUGGAGAGACCUGUAAAUCUAAAGGAGUGCUGGGUUACUUCUCAGUGGAUUUUGUGACUUUCAUCCACCCACAAAUGAUGGAGCAGCAGGUGUGGGCAACAGACCUUGACCUUUGCUAUAGUGACCAGCUGGCCUUGACUCAGCUCAUGUUGUACGUGACAGAUGGAAACCUGGAUUGUACCUCCAGCUGCUUUGAAGUAUCUCUCGGUUCAAAGAAAAUGGAAAGCCAACGUAUUGAGCAGGAGGAGACAGAAACUCCUUCUCCAAGGAGCAGCUGGUGCGCUGCAGCAAGCAGCCAACUGAGGCACUCCAGCCUUGCAGAAACCUACUACAGUGUUCUCCUCCAGACGUGUAAAGCACGUGGGGUUGGAUUUGACAUCCAGGAAAAACAGGGAACAGUUUUCAUCUUGUAUGAAGAUCAGCAGCGAUACAGACUGGGAAUGAUAACAAUUGGAGAAGAUCUCCAGGGGGUCCUCAUGACCUUUGCUCGCAAUCUCUUCAUCAUCCAUCAAGAAAUAUCAGCACCUAAUAUGCAAGGCGAGACCAAUUUUAAGAUGGCAAUUCAAGAUAUCGAAGCAAUUCUAGGAAUUACAGCAGAAAACAAACUGAAAUUGGAAGAGGAGCAACCCUUAGCAGCAGAUGCUCUGAAAGAAUAGUUAACGGGAAAUGUUUAAGUGCCUUAUUCUUUAUGCUCCUGGAAAUGCUUUCUCAUCUGUAAGAACAGGUUUGGUUUUCCUUCUGCACCAGCAUGUGAAGGAAUAUUAACAGAGAACA